GUAAUGCAUGCAGAAAACGAAUAGGCUUGUGCCCUCAAGCGAAUGCUCUUUUUGACCGUUUAACCGUGGAUGAGCAUCUUUGGUUUAUCCAUGGCCUCAAAGGUGCAGCUGGUUCCUACAAAACUGAAGCUGACCAACUUUUAAGUCAGCUGAAGCUUGACGAGAAGUCGGAUACGGUGAGUAUUGGGUCCUUUUAUUCAAAUGGAUCUGGUUUGAUUUGCUUGUUUCAGUUAGCCAUGAACUUGUCGGGUGGUCAGAAACGUAAGCUUUGCGUGUCGAUGGCGGUGAUUGGUGGCAGUCCAGUAGUGUUGCUGGACGAGCCAACAGCUGGGAUGGAUCCGGGAGCUCGUCGAGAUGUGGAGAGCUUGUUGGAGAGCAUCAAAGUUGAUCGGUAAGU